AUGACUGCCGAUGAGUUAACGCUUGUGGAACGUUCCCAGUUCGCUGAAUCCUACCCAAAGCUCUUUCAUCCGCAGAUUUUGCUCGCCUAUAAGUUCCAAGCCCUUCCUCUUUCGAGUCGUGUGAAUUGCAAAGAAUUUUCCACAACACAAUUCUUACUGCGAAAUUACACGGAUACACGAUGGGAUAAACGAAUAUCGAUCUCCAAUGAACAGCUUUAUCAAAGAGGCGUUGAUCACUCGUUCCAGAUUCGUACACGUUCCUGUACGUUCCCCUUGCAAACGUGGCAAUGGACUCUAAAGCUGGGUGGCUCUUCCUAUUCGAACACUGUCGAUGAUGUGCUCAAAGCUUAUCUCAUUUCGGAGGAUAUUGAUCAACCGAGGUCGAUCGAAUACAUGCUGUCGAUUGUGGACGAGAAACGAGUAUUGCGAUCAUUUUCCAGCAAGAAGAACUUUACAAAAACGAGGUCGAUCGAAUACAUGCUGUCGAUUGUGGACGAGAAACGAGUAUUGCGAUCAUUUUCCAGCAAGAAGAACUUUACAAAAACGAGGUACUCAAGCGAACUGGACAUCGAUCGAAAAGUGGAAAUCAACGACUUGCUCACCGAAGACUCUCCCCUCCUUGUCAAUGGCGAAUUACAUUUACAACUUACAUUACGCCCUAUUGAUUGA